GUUUUUCCCCUUUCACAUUCAAAGCGCUGUGGCCAAAAAAAAUUUUUGUGGGAAAAUCACAGGUUUUCAACACGCCGUGGUAGCUUUCUCCUUUAAACAACAUCGACACAGCUAUUUGUAAUACCCUUUAAUUUAUCAAAAAUCGACUAUUGCAAGUGGAUAGGAUGUCUGAGCCCAUCAAGAAGAAAAUCAACCAGUUGGCAUCUGCGCCAACUCCACAGAAUACGCCUGCCUCACUCACAGGAUCGUAUUUGAAGAACAACCCUUUGAUGGUUCCAACAACCAUUGAUGAGGAGGCUGAAAUCAAGAAGAACUUGAGUAACAAUCCAGCUUUCUUGUCAAUGAUUCAGGGUAAGUUGGGUACUCUGAUUGGUAAGGACUCCGGGUAUGUUGAUGCUUUGAGCCCUAAAGUUAAGAACAGAAUCUACUCUCUGAAGGCUAUUCAAAAGCAACAGAUGGAUCUCGAACCGGAAUUUCAAAGGGAGUUGUUGGAAUUGGAGAAGAAGUACGCUGCAAAGUACCAACCUAUCUACAACCACAGAAGAGAUAUCAUUAAUGGUGUGGUUGAGCCAACUGAAGAAGAGAUUGAGACUGGUAAGCAGAUUGAGAAGGAGCUCGGCGCAUAUGAGGACGAAGAGGAGGAUGCACCAAAAUUAGAAGAGAUCAAGGAGGAGGAAGAUGAGGCCGAAGGUGAAACCAAGGAGGAGGAAAAAGGUAUUCCAAACUUCUGGUUGACCGCUUUUGAGAACCUCAGUUUCCUCUCGCAAACCAUCACGGAUAGAGAUCAAGAGGUUUUGGCAUUUUUGAAGGAUGUUCGUCUCGAAUACCUCUCUCAACCAGGAUUCCGUCUUGUGUUUGAGUUUAACGAAAACCCAUUCUUCAAGAAUCAAAAGCUCUCAAAGACAUACUACUACCAAACAGAACUUGGCUAUUCUGGUGACUAUAUCUAUGACCAUGCUGAGGGAGAUGUGAUCGAAUGGACAUCCGCAAAGCAAAACGUCACUGUGACUAUCGAAAGAAGAAGACAAAGAAACAAACAGACACAGCAGACCAGAACCAUCGAGAAGGCCACGCCUGUCGAGUCCUUCUUCAACUUUUUCGAUCCUCCAAAGGCCCCAGCGGAUGACGAGGAAGGCGCCGAGGAGGACGAGGAAGACCUUGAAGAGACUGAAGAGUUAGAAGCAAGAUUGAAGCUCGAUUACCAAUUGGGUGAAGAGUUGAAGGAUCAGUUGAUUCCAAGGGCUAUUGACUGGUUUACCGGAGCCGCCGUGGAUUACGAAGGUGAACUGGAGGACGAAUUCGAUGAGUUUGAUGAGGAAGACGACGACGACGAAGAUGACGACGAGGAUGAGGAUGAAGAUGACGACGAGGAUGAUGCAGAAGGUGGUCCAAAGGGUAAACAACCACCUGAGUGUAAACAAACCUGAGGAUGGAGUCGCUCUCAGAAACCAUGACACAAAAUGGAAGACUAACGACAAUUUUUAAAGUUCUUCAGUUUUAUUUCUAGUUUUCGCUUACGGAGUUUCUGUAGACACCGCUUAGGUUGUUGUAUUGUUCCAUGGCAAGCUUGCAAAGUGAUACUUCUUGUGUCUACAGGAGAUCAAGCCUCAACGUUUUCCAGACUGCACAAUAUGUCAAAAUUGAGUAUCUUUGCCACCACUAUGGUUCGGGCUAGCAGCCAUUGUACCGAACAACCAACAGUAGCAAGCGAGUACAUGUUAU